CUUUAUCUAUCUCUGGCAAGUGGCAACACCGGCAGAGACGAAGCGUCAGCCAUUUUCGUGGGCUUGCGUACUAAACAGUUAAAUAACACACGGAACUCGGGCCGCUAUAACACGCCCGGCCAGUUCGUGUCAGCGGGAGAGCUGGUGCCGGGCGUCGGGGCUGCGGGGUCGGCAGCAGGGCCUCUCUGCGCGCCUCUCCCGCCCGCCAGUACGACCGCAGUUAACCAACAGCAGCAGCAGCAGCAGCAGCAGCAGCAGCAGCAGCAGCAGCAGCAGCCACUGUUCAACUCUAAUCCGCCCCCGCCCAUUCGCAAAACCAACAUGCAGCAGAACCUGCAGACCAUACAGACGCAAGACAUCGAUAUGAAGGAAGAAUACAAAUCGGACAACUCCGAGAGCUCCACGCGCCCGCCAUGGAUGAAAAACAAGUUGCAAGGAGUGAAGAAAGUUAGCAAUAAAGAGCGGCGGCGGCGACAGAACGAGAACCUGAGGCGGCUGCUCACGCCCAAGAAUGCGCUCAUGGUGCUCAACGAGAUGCUGCCCAACGAGCAGCUCGCCAACAAUAACGCUGUUCUGCAGCAAUUCAAAGUGGAGCCAGCCAACCCGUAUUACAGCAAGCAGCAUAGCUUCUGCGCCGACCUCACUGUCGCUGGGAACUCUUACAAGGGCUACGGCGAGAACAAACUGACGGCACGCAAUGCGGCCGCCGAGCAGGCGAUCCGCGAUCUCAUUAUUAAGAAGAUGAACAAAGUACUCAGCGGCGAUGCCGCGACCGCAGCCGCGACCGCCGCCGCGGCCGCGGCCUCGGCCGCAGGGGCGGGCCCGGGCGCCGGCGCGGCCGCGGGGAGCCCCGGCGCGGACGAGAACUCGGAGGAGGAGGCGCUGCCUAUGAUCCAGCUGGCGUCCUUCGCGCUGCACAAGCUCUUCUCCGAGUGGGAGUACGAGGGCCACAAGGUGCCGCAGCUCAAGCCGUCGUCCGGCAACUCCCUGAGCGAGCCCAGCGCCGACGUCGCGGCCCCGCCCCCCGCGCCGGCCGCGCCCAAGGUGAAGCCGCCCAAGACGGCCAAGGACCUGCCGCUGAACGCCGGCGCCAUGCACCCCUGCAUGCUGCUGACCUUCAUGCGGCCGCACCUCGAGUACCGCGAGCUGGCCAUCGAGGGCGACCGCCCGCAGAACAUGCUGUUCACGCUCGGCGUCGACGUGGACGGCGCCACGUACGUCGGCAAAGCCAGCAACAAGAAGGAGGCGCGCAAGCUGGCGGCCAAGGCGGCGUGCUCGGCGCUGUUCGGCGUGGUCUUCGACGAGCACCCCUCCUCCAACACGCCCGUGCUGGCCAAGACCGAGUGAACCCGCCCCUCUGCUUCGACGUAACUCUGCGUUGUUCAUCUCACUAUUUGUUAGGUAUGUUUUGAAAGAGAGCGCGACCGAGGACGGUCGGCCGCACGAUGUCGUGAGCGAAGCGCGUCGGGGCAGCGACAUUGUCUAUUUAUACCUACGAUUUAGAAGACGCAAUGGAGAGACCGUACGUGACUAGUUACGUUUUCGUCACGACAUCGUCGAAAUGAAAUCAUUUUCGUUUAAUAUUUUUUAACGUAAGGAUAUCAGUAUAUACAUCUUACUUUUAAGUACCCCGUUUGAUUAGGUCUUUACACUUGUCGACGAGCGGAUGUGUAGGAGUGUAGACGUAAUUUGUUUUUUGUGUAUUAUGUGUUGUAGUGUAAUGAAAUAAAUAAAUAGGAAGUUAUGUAUAACGACGUUGUAGUUUUU